CAGCUUUCUUCCGUUCUCUCUUCACCUAGCACCACCUGCCCCUCUUCUAUCAUUUCAGCGUCUCCUUUGCCCUGGGCCAGAGCUGCCUGAGGGACCUAGGGUCAACCCUCCACCCUGUAACAAGAUUCAGCUCUUGCCCCAGAGCCAGCAUGGAUAAGGACUUCCAAGACAUCCAGCAGCUGGAUCCUGAGGAAAGCAACUACGAGCUUGAUGGAGGGGAACUGCCAAGCACUCCUGGGCGCCAUGCUAGGAGAGAGGCCCCAGACUGGAAAGGGAUGUUUCCACCCCAGCCUCCGCUGUGUCAGCGCCUCUGCUCAAGUCAUAGCCUCAGCCUGUUCAUCCUGGGCUUUAACAUUGUCCUGCUGGUGGCCAUCUGCGUGAUCGCGUCCCGAAAAGCCCAGCUGCAAGUGGAGUUGUGGACCCUGAAAGAAAAGUUUGGCAACUUCUCCUCUAGUACCCUGAUGGAGAUGGAGUCUCUAAGCUUCCAUAGAGGCAGCCCAAGAAGCAAGGUGACAUCUCUGGAAACCAAGUUGGAGAAACUACUGAAGGAGUUGAAAGCAGACCACAGUACUCUGCUUGACCAUCUGAAGCAUUUCUCAGUUGAUCUGAGCACCCUGUCUUGUCAAAUGACAUUCUUACGGAGCAACGGCACAAAAUGCUGCCCAGUUAACUGGAUAGAAUAUAAAGGCAGUUGUUACUGGUUCUCUCACACUGGGAGCACCUGGCCUGAGGCUGAGAACUACUGCCAGCUGGAGAAAGCCCAUCUGGCGGUAGUCAAUUCCGAAGAAAAGCAGAAAUUUAUCGUACAACACACAAAUUCCUUCGAUUACUGGAUAGGUCUCACUGAGAGUAAUGACUCCUGGAAAUGGGUGGAUGGCACAAACUAUAAGUACGAGCACUGGGCUCCAUUUCAGCCAGAUGGCUGGAAAGGGCGUGAGGUGGAUUCUUCACAUGAGCUCUGUGUUGAAAUUCGAUGGGAUGGCUUUUGGAAUGAUGAUUUAUGCCUGCAGACAUAUCGCUGGGUGUGUGAGAUGAAGUCUAAUUUUACCCGCUAGGAGCCCCGACCUCCAGUAGGUAUCAUCCAACAUGAGUUUCAUCCCAGCACUGAUCCCAACUUUUCUAUUGGUAAAUUUGAAGAAAGAAAGAGGAAUACAGUGAGAAGCAGGGAGAAGGUCUGAUAAAAGAGAGAAUGGAAUGGUUUAAGAAUCUCAGACCUUUGCGGGAGAUUGCCUCAUAGCUGGAAGACUGUUUCAUGAGCGGAGGGGAGAAGGCAGAUGGAACAGAGAAGGGAUCACUAAGAAAAUGAUGGCUGGAGGAAUCAGUUGGGAUGGGAGAUGCAUGCUGAAAGUAGAUAAUGGACCAAACAUGAUGACCUCUCAGUGUCUGUGUUGCAAACUAUAAUGCCCAAAAGUAGAGAGAGAGAGUAUGGGGAAUAUUGUCUGCCUUAGAGGCAGGGGGAGGGGGGAAAGGGGGGCAUACCCGGGAUAUUGGUGGUG